UAUAUGAUUCUGUAAUUACUCCUGCGAACUGUAAUCUCUCUGUGGGCGGGAAGAGUCCGAAGCUGAAGCCAUAUACAGGGCACCGUUCCUCAAGAAUCCCUAAUUUUCCAGAGCCAUGUCGUUCCUUGAAGAUUUUCAAGCUAAUUUGGAAUCACUGCCGAAUAUCCUUCAAAGGAAGUACACUUUGUUGCGUGAUUUAGAUAAGAGCUUACAAGAGGUCCAACGACAAAAUGAGCAAGGUUGCGAUCAGGAAAUAGAGGAAAUGAAGCGGGAAAUCAGGUCUGGUAACCUUGCGCCAGAUGCUUCAAAACUAAGAUUCUCAGAUGAGGCAGUUGAUGAACAAAAGCAUGCCAUUAGGAUUGCGGAUGAGAAAGUUGCGUUGGCUAGUCAAGCAUAUGAGUUGGUAGAUUCUCAUAUUCAACAGCUUGAUCAAUAUCUGAAAAAAUAUGAUGAAGAUCUUCGGCGUGACAGAGAAAGUGUUGCUACUACUGGGUCCUCUGUUCAAAAUGUUGACAGUAAUAACAAACCUAUGAAGGGCAGCGAGAGUGGCAGAGGAGGGCGUAAGAAGACUCGCCUAGGUGCAACAACGGCAGCCACUUCAGCUGCAGCUGCAAAUCCAACCAGCAUGGAUUUGGAUCUACCAGUGGAUCCCAAUGAACCCACAUACUGUUUCUGCAACCAAGUGAGCUAUGGAGAGAUGGUUGCCUGUGACAAUCCUGACGUAUGUAUUCAUAGUUCAAUUUACCUUAUUUUCUCUUUCUUUUUGGCUGUGUUUCGAUCAAGGAUUUCUGGAGAGAUUUGCGGGGGGAAGGAAUACAACAACAACUAUAUGGGCUGAGGUACGGGUGUCGGGUGCGGGUGUAUCAAGUGUUACAUGUAGUUUCUAUCUCAAGUACAUAGCACAAGUUUAAUAUUUUGCUUGAUUUUCUUAAAUAAAUGGUGUUUAGAAGGUGCCUUGGUGUUUUCUAUGGAUAAUAUUAUUAAUAUAAGCUCUAUGCGUAUUGCAUAACA